UCUCUCUCUCUCUCUCUCUGUGCUUUAUAGAUGUAUAUAAUCCCCGAGUUGACCCAGAAAACAAACUCCUGUGACUAGCUCCGAGACGCCGCAGAGUCAGAGUGUGUAUCCGCCGCAGGGCUGCAUGUAGCCGGAGCAUCAGCUGGAGAAACAUACCCCGGGACCGAUCACACUUCUCCCGCACGGAUUCCACAUUAAUACAUCGUGGGUUAUAGAGGCCAUGGCUGAACACAUGAUGAUGCCCAUGACCCACGGCUUCAGGAUGGGCAUGAACGGACCCCCGCAGCACAAUGGCCAGCCCGGCAUGCGCGCUCUGCCCAAUGGCCAGGUGAUGCACUACGGCAGGAACCCUCAGAGCAACAUGGAGGCCGCCAUGAGACAGCGGCAGGGCAUGGUGGGACCCGGCGGGAUGGCCGGCCCCGUCAACGGAGCUCCCAUGGCCAACCACCACCACCAGAUGAUGUCUGGGAACAUGAUGUACAAUGGUCAGGGUCCGCAGCAGCAGCAGCAGCAGCACCACCACAUGCACCCCCAGCAGCAGCAGCAGCAGCAGCAGCAACAGCAACAGCAACAACAGCAGCAGCAGCAGCAGCAACAGCAACAACAGCAACAGCAACAGCAGCAGCAGCAGGUUGGACACCCGCAGCAGUACCACCAUGGUACCCUCACCUCUCAGCAGCUCAUGGCGAGCAUGCACCUGCAGAAACUAAACACUCAGUAUCACGGACACCCGCUGAUGUCGGCCAACGGCCACCACAUGCCCAACGGGGCUCAGUACCGGGUGGGUCCGGCCCAGCUAUCGGGCAUGCAGCACAUCGGAGGCCCUUUGGGACUAAACGGCAUGGACAUGGAUCUGAUCGACGAGGAGGUUCUGACCUCACUGGUGCUGGAGUUUGGGUUGGAUCGCGUUCAGGAGCUGCCCGAGCUCUUCCUGGGACAGAACGAGUUUGACUUCAUAUCGGACUUUGUGUGCAAACAGCAGCCGAGCACAGUGAGCUGUUGAGUGAAGCGUUUGGAAGCUGGUUGUGUUUUGUUUGGACUGGACACCCCCCCAAAGAAUGACUGAGCGGUCACAGUAGCACAGCGAGAGGAGACAAUCUCUCUGUUCUGUUUGGGUGUUUCUGUGUCUGUGCAUUUGACAGUGUCUAGCACGCCUUCGCACUGACCUUGCCUGCGAGUUGAUGAAGAAUUGUAAAGAGAGAAAAACGCAGCAAAAGCACCAGGUUUUCUCUCCUUUUGAGCCCGUGCCAGCGAGAUCUGUCGUCUUUGGCCAAAUAGAGGCAUCCUGAUGCAGCGGGCUCUGUCUGUACCCAUCUGGCCCCUCAGCACAUGUGCCUGCGUUGCCAAGGCUUUGGGAUAAUUGUAAACUUAACAAACACAACGGGGGGAAGGCCUGAAAAGACUGUCCAUCUGGGUCUGCUAGUGGCAUCUUCUAAAUGUAUUUUAUCUCUGAUGACACCUUCAAAUAGUAGCAGAUGUUUUACAAAUAUAUAAAAAGGUAAUCCUCUGAAUUUGUUUAUAUAAGGAUGACGGGAUUAAGAAUGGAUUUUUUUUUUUUCAUGCAUAUUGAAGGCUGGCUCUUCAAAAAACUGAGUUCCCACAAAAAAAAAAAAGUACACAUUUCCUUGAAGAGCAGGAGAGUGAGGUUGUGCAGCAUUCCUGGGUUUAUCUCGGAUUUGGUCGGGUGAAAUGUGCUGCAUUGAUUCUUUAGCGGUCAGUGUCAUUUACCUGACUCCCGAUUAAAUCUGCAAUCAUUAAACGUAUCGCAUCUGUUCCCCGCUAAUUAACUGUGAUUGAAUCAUUGGCAAAGUAGUGCAUUGCUUAGAGUGUCGGCUUAAACAAAGCAUUGAUCUGUAGAAAAAUGGCCUGGAGGUCUCUCCGCUCCGAGACAUUUAGAUCCUCAUUGCAAGCAAAUCUUGAGUUAUUGCUCAGUAGAACUGUUAGGGGAGGGAGGAACAUGUUAGUAUGAGAGAAACGCCAUCACUGUGGCUUGUUGCGAGAUCCAAGAAACAAAAAAAAGCAUCAGAGGGUUAAGAUCACAGAUCUGAGGAUUGGUUUAAAAAAAAAAAAAAAGAAAAAAGACAAAAAAGAAGUGCGUGAUCGCGGAAUUUGCAUCUGUGUGUUGUUUGUAUACGUC